UCUUUUUCUUUUCUUCAUUCUUCAUUCAACCUCAACCAAGUUGUUUUUCCAACUCUCUUUCCAACCCCGCCAUGCCAUUUCUUCCGCUGGAUAUCUCGGUAUAAUGGCAUCAGCCAAUUAUCUGCGCCUCCUGCGCUCUCCCGUUGUAUCCCCCUCUCUUCUCGUCCGCUCGCGUGCCCACCACCAGUUCCAGUUCCCAGCUCCGCCGCGGCGGUACCCAGCCCUCUCCAACCGCCGCCAUGUCCACCCCGGGCGAUACCAGCCCUUCGUUCCGCCCUCGCCGGCCUCCCUAGGCAAGCCAACCCCAGCCAAGACCUACACGCGCACGCGCAAAUGGCUGCGUCGCCUCGUCUAUCUCUCCCUCACCGCCGGGGCGAUCUACGCGGUCGACAACCAAUUCUACGCCGCCAGCCUGACCCGCACGGCGCGCACCUUCGGCCUAGGCCUCCUCGUGGCGCUAGACUACAAGAUCAACUUCCGCCCCAACCCUCCGCUGGCCAGCUCCAUCGCCGCCGUGCACACGCGCAACGCCGAGCGGCUGUCCGACCUCCUGCGGCACAAUGGCGGCCUGUACCUGAAGAUCGGCCAGGCGAUCGCCAUGCAGUCCGCCAUCCUGCCGCCCGAGUUCCAGAAGAUGUUCGCGCGCAUGUUCGACGACGCGCCGCAGAACGACUGGAAGGAGGUCGAGAAGGUCAUCCGCGAGGACUUCGGCGGUCGCUCCGUCGAGGAGGUCUUCGGGGUCUCGUUCGCCGGGGAGCCCGGCAAGGGCCUCAUGGAGCGGACGGCCCGGGCCAGUGCCAGCGUGGCGCAGGUGCAUUGGGCGCGUCUGGCGGAUGGCCGCGAGGUGGCGAUCAAGAUUCAGAAACGGGAGAUCGGCAAGCAGAUCACAUGGGACCUGUGGGCGUUCAAGGUGGUGACAUGGAUCUACAGUCGGCUCUUUGACAUCCCGUUCUACAGCCUGGUCCCGUACGUCACCGAGCGACUCUCCCUGGAGACGGACUUUGAGAAUGAAGCCGACAACUCCGAGAAUAUGGCGCGGUUGGUGGCCGGCGAGCCCCGCCUCCGCGACCGAGUGUACAUCCCCAAGGUCUACCGCGAGCUCAGCUCGAAGCGAGUGAUGACCGCCGAGUGGAUCGAGGGCGUCCGCCUCUGGGACAAGAACUCCAUCACGCGACCCUGGCGUGGCGGCUGGCGUCAAGGCACCCCCGGUUGCCACGGCACGCCGCUCGACCCGCCCUCCACCACGGCCCAACACAACCCCACCCCCAACCCCAACCUCGAUCGCAACGCCACGCAGCUCAAACCCGAGCGCACCCACUGGCGCGGCGGCUACAGCGACAGCGGGCUGGGCCUUUCCCUCAAGCAGGUCAUGACCACGAUGGUCGACCUCUUCUCCGCGCAGAUGUUCCUCUGGGGGUACGUCCACUGCGACCCGCACCCGGGCAACAUCUUCAUCCGACGGACGCCUGCGGGCAACCCGGAGCUCGUCCUCAUCGACCACGGCCUGUACAUCCACAUGGAGCCGGCCUUCCGGCACCAAUACGCGCGGUUCUGGAAAGCGCUCCUCACCUUCGACAACCCCACUCUGUCGGAGAUCGUCUCCUCGUGGGGCGUCCAGAACACCGACCUCUUCGCGUCGGCGACGCUGAUGCGCCCCUACCGGGGCGGCGACCUGUCGACCCACCGCUCCGUCUCGCGCACCCUGUCCCCGGCCGACCCGGCGACGCUCCACUACGAGAUGCAGCAGUCGGCGCGCCGCGCGAUCCGCCAGAUCCUGGGGGACGAGGAGAAGUGGCCGCGCCCGCUGAUCUUCAUCGGGCGCAACCUGCGCAUCGUGCAGGCCAACAACCAGUUCCUGGGCAGCCCCGUCAACCGCGUCAAGAUCACGGGCACGUGGGCCUCGCGCGCGCUGGCCGAGGACCGGCCGGAGGGCGUGGCCGCCCGGCUGCGCGGCGCCUGGGCCCACCUGGUGUUCCGGGCGGUGCUGUUCGGGACGGAUCUGUUCUUCUGGUUCACGAAGGUGCGCCAGUUCUUGCGGCUGGGCGGUGGGAUGGAGGAUGAGAUCGAGUUGCAGAUGCGCGGCGUGGCCAAGGACAUGGGGGUCGAGCUGGGGAGUAAUAUUUUCGAGGGAUAGUUUCGG